CAAGGCUAUCAGCUAUCGGUGUGAAGGUUCAAAGGUGAUCGCCACUUCUCCUCGCCGCAGUAUACAGCAAGUGUCUGCCGGUGGUGAGGACCAGUCUCACACGAUGCGCCUACUGUUGCUGCUGGCCCUUCUCUCUGUCGCUGUGGCAGACGUGUCCGACGAUGACAAUAUACCCAUCAAGUGCUACGUCUGCGAUUCCACAAAGGAUUCUCGCUGUGCAGAUCCAUUCAACCGUCCGGCGGACCUGCUGGUGACCUGUCCGGGAGAGUACAGCUGCGUCAAGAAAAAAUUCAGAUAUCCAGAUAUCAUAGAGCGAUGUUGCUCAUGUAACGUCACCGACACCAGACUGGGAUGCUGUGCGAAGCAUGAUCGGUUAGCGUACAAAAACAGCUAUUGCUUUGCAGAUGGCUGCAAUGGCUCCAACUUAGAGUUUUAAAGAGAAAAUGACGCUGAUGACAUCUAAAGUACGCCAGGACGUCACUUCUGUUAUCUAUUACGUCUUCUGUCAACACACGUAUGCUUACUAAACUGAAAUAUAUUGCAGCAUGCCACACAUAUGUUUAAAACAUUUAAUAUAUACUAAGUAAACUGCAGAAUCAAAUUUA